UUUGGCCCUUUUCAAAAAAUACUCGGAAUUUGAAACGUCAUAAUAAAAUCAGCCGUAAAUCGCGUUUCAUCCGUGUCAUUACAAUUUCAUAACAAUUAUUGCGACUAGCUACAAAAACGAGAAAUAAUUAAAUGGUUCUCUAGUACAGAAGGAUUAAUUUUUCCAUCAAUAAAAAUGCUACGAUUAGAGCGCUGUAAACAUUUACUAACCAGCCGCCUGUCGUCGCUGCGUACCCUGGGACCAGCGCUCAGAAACCUUUCCGCCGCAACAGUUUCCCCCGGCAAUCGAGCUAGUCCUCGUUCAGCAGUUAGACCGCCCGACAUUAGCAAACAACAGUUACGCCAGCUAGACGACGAGUACCGUGCAAUCGUGCGAUUAUUCUCCCGUUCGUACGGGAUCCCGCACUACGUACUGACACGAAAUAUUCACACUUCCUCCGGUUGCGAACAGCAACGGCGGGACAACGAUGCAGCGGGUGGUUCGAACCGUCCCCCGUCGGGUGAUGGGAAGAAAGAUAACGACGAUAAGGAGAAAAUGAUGUCGGUGGUGACGAAAACGCUGGUGUGGAUGAUCACAAUUUACGCGCUGGUAGCGUUUCUGACGAUGGUCGUACCGAACAGGAACCGACCGGAGACGACCACACGGUACGUCAGCUGGCAUGAGUUUGUACACCACAUGUUGGCGGUAGGGGAGGUGAAGGAAGUGGUGGUUCACCCGGAUAUGGAGAUGGUGACGAUUCUGUUGCACGAUGGGGCUAUCGUCAAGGGAAGGAGGGUGCACUCAAACAUUUUCCAUAUGGCCGUUGCUGAUGUGAACAAGUUUGAGGAAAAGCUGCGAUUGGUGGAGAAACGGUUGGGCAUUAAGGAUGGUGUUUCGGUGCAGUUUGAACGGAGUGGCGACGUUAGCGGUAAGAUUUUGUUCACGCUGAUUGCCACCGGGGUGAUAAUUGCGCUGUUGAGUCGGAUGCGAGGUAUUCGGGGACCGAUCAGUAUGGACUCGUUUACGCAAAUGGGUAGAGCAAAAUUUACUCUGGUUGAUCCGGUGGAUGGUGGUCGCGGGGUAUGGUUCAAAGACGUCGCUGGUCUGCAGGAAGCUAAGUUAGAGGUGAAGGAGUUUAUCGAUUAUUUGAAGGCUCCGGAACGCUAUCAAAGACUGGGGGCAAAGGUUCCCAAGGGAGCUUUACUACUUGGGCCUCCCGGGUGCGGAAAAACACUGUUGGCUAAGGCGGUGGCAACUGAGGCACAGGUUCCUUUCCUGAGCAUGAAUGGAUCGGAGUUUAUUGAGAUGAUAGGUGGACUGGGAGCGGCUCGAGUGCGGGACCUGUUCAAGGAAGCAGGAAAACGUUCGCCUUGUAUAAUUUAUAUCGAUGAAAUCGAUGCAAUUGGAAGACAGAGAGAUGGUGGCGGUAGCUUUGGCGGAGUUAGUUCUGGAGAGUCGGAACAAACAUUGAAUCAACUUCUGGUCGAAAUGGACGGAAUGGCUACCAAGGAAGGGGUUCUGAUGUUGGCCAGUACCAACCGUGCCGAUAUUCUGGACAAGGCUCUUUUACGACCGGGAAGGUUUGAUCGGCACAUUCUGAUAGACCUUCCAAAUCUGAUCGAAAGAAAGGAAAUUUUCGAAAAACAUCUUUCGGGAAUUGCGCUCGAAGCAGCCCCGGAUAAGUAUUCAUCCCGGUUAGCAACCCUGACACCGGGUUUCUCUGGAGCAGAUAUUGCCAAUGUGUGCAACGAAGCGGCCCUUCACGCGGCUCGAUCAAGCCAGAAAACGGUGACGACGGCCAAUCUAGAGUACGCCGUUGAGCGGUUGGUCGGUGGCACAGAAAAACGCUCCCACGCUUUAACACAGACGGAACGACGAGUAAUCGCAUUCCACGAGUCCGGUCAUGCACUGGUCGGUUGGCUUCUGCCGAACUCCGAUGUCCUACUAAAGGUGACCAUUGUUCCGCGGACAAGUUUGGCGCUUGGAUUCGCCCAGUACACCCCAAAGGAGCAGAAGCUGUAUAGCAAGGAGCAGCUAUUCGAUAAAAUGUGCAUGGCACUGGGAGGACGGGCGGCGGAAAACAUUACAUUCAAUCGAAUCACCACCGGGGCACAGAAUGAUUUGGAGAAGGUCACUAAGAUGGCAUAUGCGCAGAUCAAGUACUUUGGCAUGAAUGGCACCGUCGGUCCAAUCUCGUUCACCGAGGAAAGUGAGGAUAACCCGUACGCGGCAAAACCCUACUCAAAACAGUUGGGGGACGUGAUCGAUCGCGAGGCUCGCCAGAUGAUUACCGAGGCGUACGAACAGACGGAGCAGAUCUUGCGCGAAAAUGUUGAAAAACUACGAACUCUGGCCGAGGCUUUGCUUGCGAGGGAAACCCUCAACUACGAUCAGGUGGUAGAGCUUAUCGGACCUCCGAAGUACGACGAUGCGAAGCGGAAAAUCGAACCAGUGGAAUUUGAGGACAGCUUGAAGAAACUGUCGGCCGGAAACGGAGAUGACGCCAGUCAAUCAUCGGCACCUUUGUAAUUGGAUAGGAUACCUGUUGAAAAUAAAUUUACCUCGUUUUGUUUUUCCAACUCAACCAAAACAUUUCUUUUAUU